AUGGCGCUCGCCUCUAGCGCCACCGCACUUUCACCCCUGCUGCCGUGUCUGGCGUUCUCCUGCUGGCGCGCGGUACAAAUGCGGGGGUGCGCCUCCACGCACACAGCCGCCAGCAACAGUGACAACGCUGGCAGCAGCAGCAGCAAUGGUAACACGGCGAGUUCGCCCAUGCCGUAUAAGUCGACCCACAGGGGAAGCGGCGACGCGGCGUUGCCGCGGAAACACAACGGCAGCAGCCCCUCUGCUGCUGCCUCCGGGAGUAGUGAUGCGCAGAAGUCACCGAACCUCGCGGGGUCACGCUCGUCGUGCACUGAAGAUGGCGGCUCGGUGCCGAGCCGGCCGCUCUCCCCGCUGCAGCGGCGCCAACUUCUCUUCAAGCACAAGGCGGCCUUCACCCUCACCCCACAGGCACUCCGUCGUGUCAAGUACUUGUUGGGACAGUGCCGUGAGAAGGAGCAGCUUGCUCCGGACGGAAUUCGCAUCAGCGUGCGCCGCCGUGGCUGCAGCGGCUACAGCUAUACGGUGAAUUAUCACUACCCGCAAAUGGAGGAGCCACUGAUGACCAAAAGCGACGAUAACAAUAACAACAAUAGUCGCAGCAGCCGUAAUGACAGGAAAACAAGUAACGCGGGUGAUUUGCGGAAGAAGGACGUGGUGGUGGAGCAGGAUGGUGUUAAGGUUGUGGUGGACAGUGACGCGCUCUUCUAUGUGAUUGGAACAGAGAUGGACUACGUUGUGCGGAACGUGGAGGAGAAGUUCACGUUCCGCAACCCGAAUCAAAAGUAUUCGUGCGGCUGCGAGGAGAGCUUCAUGCCCUUCGAUAUCGAUGAGCAGGAGUGA